AUGUCUGACGGACACUCCGCCAAACAAUAUACCCAAACUGAAACUUCGGCUUUCGAAGCUCUCUUCUCCCAAUGUGACCCUGCCCGAACUGGCUAUGUCACUGGAGACGUGGCUCGCGGACUUUUCAUGCAAUCGGGUCUCCAGCCUGUUCUUCUCGGCCAAAUCUGGCAGCUAGCAGACCCUCUCAACCAUGGAUAUCUCGACAAGAAUGGCUUCUUUCUUGCUCUCCGUAUCAUUGGUCAGGUCCAAAGUGGUAAGCAAUUGACUACAGCUCUUGGUGAUUCUGCUGGCCAAUUGCCUCAGUUUGCAAAUGUUCAACAACAGCAACAACAACAGCAACAACAACAACAGCAACAACAACCAACGGUUCCAAAAUCAUCAAUUGCCCCUCCAACAGUUGUUUCUUCACCUCCUCCUUCACAGACAAUCUCAUCUCUUGCUACCCCAAGCUCUCCUUUGCAACAACAGCAACAGCAACAGCAACAAGUCCCCACAAGCCCCUCUUCUAUUACUUCCUCCUCAGCAACCCAAAUCCCUCCCAUUUCUCCCCAAGACCGAUCAAGUUAUAGCCAAAUUUUUAUCAAAAACGCACCUACUGGACUUCUUGACGGUACUGACGCACGCAAUAUCUUUGUUAAAAGCAAACUCCCCAAUGAAACCCUCAUUCAGGUCUGGAACCUUUCUGAUACCAAAAACAGAGGCAAGCUUGACCAGUCAGAAUUUAUCCUAGCCAUGCACCUUAUCCGCUCAACUCUCAGCGGAACCCUUAAACAACUUCCCUCAUCUCUUCCACAAGGCUUUUUUGAAGCCUUUAUCUCAACCCACCGUGUCCCAUCUAUUACCUCUCCUGCUCCUCCUGCUCCCCCGGCACCAAGAUCCGCUGCUUCCUUGCAAACUUCCCCUCGUGCCCAGACUUCUUCAAUUGGCUCUCCUAUUCCACUCUCAGCCCCGCAGUUCACUGGCCAGCAACAAUUCAACCCUCCAUCCCGCUCCUCCACUUUUGGCUCAAACCCUAAUGAGUGGAAAAUCUCCCCCUCAGACCACGCAAAGUCAGACGCCAUCUUUGCCAGCCUCGACACACACCACAGGGGUGUGAUUGGUGCAGAAGAAGUCGUCCCCUUCCUCACAAAGUCAAACCUCCCUGAAGAAGUCUUGGCCCAGGUCUGGGAUCUUGCUGAUGUUAACAAUACUGGCCAAUUCCGUAAACCAGAGUUUGCUAUUGCCAUGUAUCUCGUUCAGCAAAAACUCAUUGGUAGAGAGCUCCCCUUGAACCUACCAAGCUCUCUAAAUCCUUACUCUGCUGCUCCUGCUUCAGAAUCUCUUCUUUCUUCUCCCAUCGCUACUAGCCCCCCACCUAUCCCUCCAAAACCUUCUGCUCCUGCUCCUCAACAACAACCUCCCAAGAUCCAAACUACCUCUUCUUCUCUCAACGACUUGGUUUCUCUCGGUGAUAGCCUUAUUUCUCCUACUGUCAAGUCCCCUACUCAACCUAUUUCUGCUACACGCGACUUUUCUGGCACUUCCACAAGAUCAAACACUUCGUUUGCUCCUGUCUCCAACUUUGGCCAAAGCUUGAUUAAGGAAUCUGCCCCUGCAACUUCUGCCCCUCAAGCUUCUUCAUCAUUAAAUAGCACUGGUUUUGCUGCAGGUGCUGCUUUGGGUGCUGUUGCAGGAACUGCAGGAACUGCUGUUGCUUCUACCUUCCAACCCAGACAGGUUCCUAAUUUGCUUCACCAACCUGAUGAACUUGAUAAUAAGGUUUCAACCAUUAAAACUGACGUUGCAAACCUCCAAAACCAAGUCAACUCUAUGUCAUCUCAGACUGACUCUGCUCGUCAAAAGAGAGAAAAGGCUGAGGCAGAAAUUGCUAGACUCGAUGGAGUCAAGUCUGACCUUGAAACCAAACUUAACUCUCUUAGAAGCACCCACAGCUCCGAGGUUAAGCAUCAUGAACAACUGGACCAAAUUCUUCACAAGAACCAACUUGAAGCUGGUAAACUUUCUCAAGAAUACUCUACUCUUGAAGCUACCUACGCAUCGCUCCAGGCCCAGAUUCAGGAGGCUACCAACCAGUUCAAUGUUGAUCAGCAGGAGGCUGCUACCGUUAAGGAAAAUAUCAAAAAGGUCAAUGAAGAGAUUGAAAAUUUGAAAAAGGACCUUGAAAAGGCUCAACGUGAAGCUAAACAGCAGAGCAACUUUUUGUCUAUUAGCAAGCAGCAGCUUGCAACUGCUGAACAAGAACGUGACUCGCUUAAAAAGAGCAUUGAGGAGGCUGCUGCUGCCGCUGCUGCUGCCGAGCGCGAGAAUCAGGAAAUUCAAAGACAAAUUGAGCAAGCCAAACAGGAACAGCAACAGCUCCAUAGCUCAAGAGGUGCCCAAACCUCUUCUUCCGCUGCUGUUACUGGAAUUGCUGCUGGCGUUGCCGGUGGUGCGGCUCUUGGUGCUGCUGCCAUUGCUGCCUUUGGUUCUGAUGCUUCUCAUUUGACUUCUUCAGCAACUGGCUCUUCUCCUGUCCCUGCUGUUGCUGCUUCUGCUGAAACUCCUAUUUCCACUUCGGCCAGCACUAACCCCUUUUAUGCAACUUCAUUUGCUCCUCCUCCAUCUUCCGAUACUGCUACGGUUUCUUCGGUGCCAUUUGAGGAUCACUUUGGUCUCAACACCCCCUCUGUUACAGAUCCUUCCCGUAACUUUACCUACAAUGAUACGCCAAACACCUCUCCCAACUCGGAGUUUACAAACAACCCGGCUAUAGGCAACCUCAAUGCUUUCCACUUGCCCCUCUCACGGCCUCAGUCGACUUCGUCGUCUGUCCAAAAUAACCCACCCAUGUCAGUGCGUGGUGACCUUGAUAUGUCGCGUCCUGACUCUCCUGGUAUCCCAGUCACUUCGGAGCAUGUGGCUGGUAUGGCACCUCCAGAGAGCAUUGACAUUGAGCCCAUUUCAAACCUGGGGUAUUCUAGAGAACAGGAUACUUACACUGGCGCCCCAGUGUCUCUCCCCGAGAUUCCUGCUGCUGCUCCUGCCAGCACCACUGACACCCAACAGCAACAACCUUCGGAAGAAAAGCCUCUCCCCCAGGCCCCCGUUUCUGGCGAUUACUCUAUUGAUGAUCGCUUGUCUUCUGGAACAGAGUCCUAUGAAAUGGUGCCCAGAGCUAAUGAAAGCACUGGCUCUUUGGUGGCCUCGGAAGUUCCUGCACCUGUUGCCGCUUCUUCUGUGCCCCCAGUGUCUUUUGUCCAGUCGUCUGCUCCCGUUACCGAGCAGCCCUCUACUGAAACAGUGACAACUACGUCUGUUCCUCCUGUUUCUUUUGUUUCCGAACCUUUGGCUUCUGCUUCUACUCCUGUUGAGUCUUCUGAAACUACUACUCCUGCUACUGCCGCCACUACCUCUUCUAUUGCUAUUCCUGUGGCUGCCGGUGCAGCAACAGCAGCAGUAGCAGCUGCUGCCAUCCCAACUCUUGACAGAGUUAAAUCAGAAACCUCUUCUGUUGACUCCAAGGACGUUUUUAAAGAUGCUCGCGACUUUGACAGUGACGAUGUCAAUGUACCUUCUGCUUCUCAACCAAAGCCUACCACCCAGACUCCUGCUCCUAUUUCCAGCGGCACCACGGUUUCUCCUAUUGCAGAAACCCCCACUGAAAUUCCGGAUGGUGAUGGAUACUCAUCCUCAGACGAUGAAGGCCCUGAGGUUCUCCCUGGCCAGCCCCAGUUCACUGGUCCUGUUGCCUUUAGAACCCCUGGUAACUUGGCCAAGGCAUCUUCUUUUGCCAGCGCCUCUGAUAUCCCAAUUGCUGCACCUGUCCCUGUACAUGCACCUGCUAUUGCCGAUUCUCAGAAUCAACAGCAACAACCAUCCUUUUCGGGUCCUGCUGCUGCAUCUACCCAGUCAUUCACUUUUGUGGACCACCCAACACCUGUCUCUGCAACUGCUUCUUCCCACCCCUUUGCUGCAGUUGCCCAGGCUACUGGAUCUGAAGUCGGAACUCCUGCCGAACAGUCUAUUUCGCCUACACCUGUGCAGAAUCUUGCUAUUCAACAGCCCCAGCAACAACAAUUUGAUGCUAACGAUAUCUUUGGUACUGCUGCCCAGUCUGCUUUCCAGCCUGAUACCCAAUCUGCAGAUUCACCAUUUGUUGCUUCGCAGUCUGCUCCUCGUUCUGCUCCCCAGUCUGCCCCCCAGUCUGCUCCUCGUUCUGCUCCCCAGUUUGCCCCCCAGUCUGCUCCUCGUUCUGCUCCUCAAUCUGUACCUCAGUCUUCUGCUCCUUCGUUUGUUGCCCAGUCCUCUACUCAGUCAUUUAACAACCGAUCUGUUCCUCUGGCUUUUGCAAACCAGCCUACUUCUGUUACUCAGUCUACUGAUUCUUUUAGUCCCUUUGUGGCUGCCCCUACUACUACUACUCAACCUGAAGACAUCUACUCUCCGUUUGCCCCACUGCCUAGUUCUUCUAAGCACCACGGAGCCCCCAUCAAGAAACACAUUGAUCCGUUUGCCGCCGCAUUUGAAGGUCUUGAAGAUGCCGAGGAGGUGAAUGACGAGUCUUUUAAGGAUAUUCGUGGUGCACAGUCACAGGUGCCUAUCCAACAGGAGUUUUCGCAGCUUGCCGCUAAGCCAUUUGACUUUGGAAACUUUUCGGAGUCUUCUGGUGCCGCAACUGGAUUCCCUUCAGAUCCUAUAGACAACUUUUAUACUUCCCCUGCCACUGGAGGAUUCCAACAACCUCAACCUCAACAGCAGCAGCAGCAGCAGCAACAACAACAACAACAACAACAACAACAACAACAACAACAACAACAACAACAACAACAACAACAACAACAGCAACAACCACUGCAACAAGCUCCCCAGGCAGCCAACGACGAGUGGGAUUCGUUGUUUGCUAACUUGUCAACAUCUGCCCCACCCACCCAGGGUGAAGUGGAUAAUGCGUUUGGCGCUCCAGUCCAACAGCAACAACCCCAACAGCAGUACUACCAGCAGCAACAGCCCCAGGCUUCACAGCAAGAAGCAGCAGCUGCAUUUGAUUCUUUUGUCAAUAGCUCUGUGAAUGCAUUCCCUGAGAAUCCUCCACAGUCUUUUGCUACUCCUGCUGCUCCUGUUGCAGCUACUAUUGCCCCUAAACCUACUGGUCCACAUGCUGAGGAGCUUUCGCAACUUGUUAGCAUGGGAUUUACGCAAGCCGAAGCGUAUGCUGCAUUGGAGAAGAGUCAUUUUAACGUUGAGAAUGCCAUCAAUUAUUUGUUGGAGAAGCAACAACAUUAA